CAACGGCAGACCAUCGCCAACCUCAACCUCUCUCGUCCUCCCUCCUCCACCUCUCCCCGCGCAAGCCAUUGGGCGUGUCACAUAUCCCUCCUCCACCAUGAUAUCUCGAGCGGCGGCUCCUUCGUCUUCCUCCCUCACCAACCUCUCCUCCCGCUCCGUCCGAGCCCAGGGCGCCGCAGUCCGUUCCUUCGCGACCGUCCAGGAGAACGCUCCCCCGGUACAUCGUCAUGGCGGUCUGAAGGACCAGGAUCGGAUAUUCACAAACCUUUACGGACACCAUGGGGCGGAUCUGAAGUCUGCGAUGAAGUAUGGAGAUUGGUAUAAGACCAAGGAUAUGGUUUUGAAGGGUCAUGACUGGCUUAUUGGAGAACUCAAGGCUUCCGGUCUUCGUGGUCGUGGUGGUGCCGGUUUCCCGUCGGGCCUGAAAUACUCUUUCAUGAACUUCAAGGACUGGGACAAGGACCCUAGACCCCGUUACCUUGUUGUCAACGCCGAUGAGGGUGAGCCCGGAACGUGCAAGGACCGUGAGAUUAUGCGGAAAGACCCCCAGAAGCUUAUUGAAGGCUGUCUGGUCGUCGGACGUGCCAUGAACGCCAACGCUGCCUACAUUUACAUCCGUGGUGAAUUCUACCACGAAGCCACCGUCCUCCAGCGCGCCAUUAACGAGGCCUACCAGGCCGGUCUGAUCGGAAAGAACGCCUGUGGUACCGGCUACGACUUCGACGUUUACAUCCACCGUGGAAUGGGUGCCUAUAUCUGUGGUGAAGAGACUUCGCUCAUCGAGUCCAUUGAAGGCAAGGCCGGCAAGCCCCGUUUGAAGCCUCCGUUCCCCGCUGCCGUCGGUGUUUUCGGAUGCCCUAGUACCGUCACCAACGUCGAGACCGUUGCCGUCGCCCCCACUAUCAUGCGCCGUGGACCUAGCUGGUUCUCGUCGUUCGGUCGUGAGCGUAACGCUGGUACCAAGCUUUUCUGUAUCUCCGGCAAUGUCAACAACCCCUGUACCGUCGAGGAGGAGAUGUCCAUCCCUCUGCGUGAGCUUAUCGAGAAGCACUGCGGUGGUGUGCGUGGUGGCUGGGACAACCUGCUUGCCGUCAUCCCCGGUGGAUCGUCGACUCCUGUCAUCCCCAAGACCGUCUGUGAUGACCAGCUCAUGGACUUCGAUGCCUUGAAGGACUCCCAGACCGGUCUGGGUACCGCCGCCGUUGUUGUCAUGGACAAGAGCACCGACAUUGUCCGCGCGAUCGGUCGUCUGUCGAGCUUCUACAAGCACGAGUCUUGCGGUCAGUGCACGCCCUGCCGUGAGGGAAGCAAGUGGACUUUGCAGAUGAUGCAACGUCUCGAGUCUGGCAAGGCCAAGGAACGCGAGAUCGACAUGCUCCAGGAGUUGACCAAGCAGGUCGAGGGUCACACCAUCUGUGCCCUUGGUGAGGCCUUCGCCUGGCCCAUCCAGGGUCUCAUCCGUCACUUCCGUCCCGAAAUCGAGGCUAGAAUCCAGGAGUACCAGAAGGAGCUUAAUGGUGCUCAGCCUUAUGCCGGUGGCUGGCACCCUAACACCAGGGCUGAGGGCAAGUUGAUUUCUCCUGGCAUGUAAAAUAUUUUUUCUCCUAUAUUGAAUGGAAGAAGAAAAAGGAUGAAAGAGCAUUCUCAUAAAGAUAAAGUGAUGUGUUGAUCGUGUAUGAGCAGGAUUGGCGUGUUUUGCCAUUUACAUUUUUUUUUUUAUUCCUUGUCUGUUUAGGUUUGUUCAUGUACAGUCAGUUCUAUGGUAGCAA